ACACACACACACACACACACACACACACACACACACACACACACACACACACACCUGGAGUGGGACGGUAAACCGGUUUCAACAUCAUAACGGUUAUUAUGUUCUGCCAUAAUAUGGAUUUGUGCAAUACCUUUAUUACCUGUUGAACUUGCAUUCAGUUGUAGUGCAUACAUCCGACACCACUGAUGCCAAAAUACCUGCCACAGGGGCAGCUAAAAAAGUAGUGUAACAUUGUGAUUUGUGAUGUACAAAAGCUCAGAUUGAGUCCCAGUUUUCUGCAUAGCUUGCACUGACAUGAGCAACCCAGCUUUGUGCUUGAAAGGAUUUGCAAUCCCAUUACAACAGUUCUACCUGCAGCCUGGGCGACUGUGGCUAUGUUGGUAGAAUCGUCGUCUCUCAACCGAAAGGUGGAGGGUUCGAUCCCCAACUUCUGCAGCAACAUGUCCGAUGUGUCCUUGGGCAAGACACCCCAAGGCACCCAGUGACACUUAACCCUGAAUUGCUCCCGCUGCUUCGUCGUCGGCUUAUGAAUGCGUAUGAAUGGGAUUAGUUACUUCUGAUGGUCUCACUACAUAGCAACCACUGCCAUCACUGUGUGAAUGGAUAGGGAUGACAUGUGGUGUAAAAAGUGCUUUGAGUAGUCUAGAAAACUAGAAAAGUGCUGUACAAGCUCAAGUCCAUUUACCAUUUCUUUAACACUAGCUGUGUUUCAACAGAAGACUCACUUGUCUGUGACUUGUGAUUAAAGGAGCAGCUGUAAAUACAGUUAUUUCCUACUUGCUGUUAAGAUAAGUUAAUUUGAUUAUUAACACAUUUUAUAUCUGAAUAAUUCUUCAGAAUAAAAGUAGACAGUUAUUCUGUUCUGAAAAUGCUUUUACUAUGAAACAGCCAAAUCGAGUAAUGGGUUGUUUUCAGUCACAGCUUAACCCAACUAUUUAGAAGAGAAACAAAAUUUACAGAUUCAGUUUUAAGCUACAACCUCCCGAAAACUGACUAAACAGUGGCUUACAAAAAUAUAUUUUUCUGGUGCACAGACAUGAGACAUGGCACCACAAGCUUUUCUUCUGAUUUGUAAUACCACUAUAAAAUACCAUUACCACAAAAAACAAACAAUAUAUACAGAUAUAUUGCCCACCACUUACAAUGACACACUCACAAAAACACACAUCGGUUAAGAUUUAAGCUGAUCGAGAGGGGAGGAGGAAGAGAGGCCGACAAAACACUUUGUCAUAAGUGGUCAGGAUGUUGCAACAAUACUGAACUUAGUUAACAACCUUAUUCAUGAAGAGGGGGAGAAAGAGGACAAGCUCAGCCAGCAUAGGAUGCAGAAUCUGGGUGAACAAGGAUACAUGGCCCUGCUAGGUCACAGCCUUGCAGCCUUUGUGUCAGUGUUGGACAUAGUAAGACUGCGAAAGCUGUCAACCAGGAUCCUUUCUGACACCACACUGUGGCUCUGCAGACUUUUCAGGUAUGAGAAUGGCUCUGCUUACUUUCAUGAGGAUGACAGGGAUGGCCUAGUUAAAGUCUGUCGACUGGUCAUCAAUGCACGUUAUGAAGAAUAUGCCUCUGAAGGCUAUGCAGUCCUCAGCUACAAACAGCCAGUCGUCUACCAGAGUGCCUCUGGUAGGCCUGGACUGGGACAACAUCUAUGCAGCCAGCUCGGCCUUCCACUCUCUAGUCUGUGCACAGUCCCAUGCAAUACCAUCUUUGGAUCGCAACACCAAAUGGACAUUGCUCUGUUGGACAAACUUAUCAGUGAGGACAUAGAAGCUGGCAAGCUUCCAUUACUGUUGAUCGCCAACGCAGGAACCCCAUGGGCAGGACAUACAGACAAGUUGGGUCGUCUGAAGAACCUCUGUGACCAGUACAGCAUUUGGCUUCAUGUUGAGGGUGUCAACCUGGCAACCCUGGCACUGGAUCAGGUCCCCUCUGCUACCAUGGCAGCUAACAAAAGUGACAGUAUGACACUGACACCAUGUCAAUGGCUGGGACUGCCUUCAAAAACAGCUGUCACCCUUUACAGACAGGAAGACCCAGCACUGUCUCUGGCAGCAGGUUUGACCUCCAGCCAGCCAGUGGUGAAGCUUCGAGCACUGCCCGUCUGGCUCUCUCUGCAGCAUCUUGGUCACAAUGGAAUUGUUCAUAAGAUCAGAUAUGCCACUGAACUGAGCCAGCAUCUUCUACGGAAGCUUAAAACGCUGGCCUCUAUCAAAACAUCGAUGGAGGAUGAACUAAGCUCUCCUGUGGUUCUAUUCAAGUUUUCCCAGGAAGUAAAUUCAACACCCAAUGGGCAUUCAGUCGAAGGUUACAGCACUGGGGAGAAAGAGUUGCUUGAUUCCAUCAACAGAUGGCUUGGUGAACAGCUGCUCCAGCAAGUUCCCAUCAGUGGUGUAGAUGUCGUGGAGUUUGGAGACGAGGGUACAUAUGUGAGCUUCAGUCCCCUCCAGACUGCUGCAGUCCUGGGGACUCAGCAGGAGGACAUUGAGUGCCUGGUGGGGAAGCUGUCAGAACUGGUGCCAUUGGUGAGCUCCACAAUAUCCCUCAGACUGAACUUCAGAGAGGAAACCCAACGACACUCACCCAUGCUAAUGUACAUAGAGGAGCUCAGUUGGCCUGGCCUGGGUGCUGUCAGGUAUGAGCCCCAGGCUGAAGGAAUGGAUGAAAGCAAGAAAAUGCAGGAACUGGAGAAAAUUAACACUGAGCUGCUGAGAAAACUUCAAGACCUUGACACUGACAUCAUCUUCUCCAAUGGUUUGUGGCCAGAGUUUGGAAAAGAGAAGGACUGUAUCUUUGUUGGCAUGGUCGGUGAGGACAUUAACGUUGAAGAGUUGGUGGAUAUAAUUGCAGCCCUGGGGAGGGACAUUGAAGACAGCGAAAAGCUGUUGGAGAACAUGACAGAGGUGGUGAGGAAGGGCAUCAUUGAGGCAGAGCUGCAGCUGCUAAAGGCCAAUGAGGAGAAACUCAUGGAAGAGGGCAUGAUGAGACAGCUUCCUUUGGUUGGUUCAAUGUUAAACUGGUUUGCUCCGGUUCAAAGCUCCGUAAAAGGCAGGACCUUCAAUCUGGCUGCAGGUUCCUUGGACUCCACUGAGAUGACUUACUCCACCAAAGUCCAGACAGGCAAGCCAUCCCUGCAGGACCCUGCCAAUUCUUCAUUGAAGAAACUUCCAGGUCAGAGGUUAUUCCGGCGCUCAGGGGCAGGCUUGGACUCCUUUAGUGAAACAAACUCCAUCAAACAAGCCAAGGAGACAACAAGGGAGGGGAGUACCACACCAAGCUUAAUAAUCAACCAACCGUUAUCUCCACCUGCAUCUGAGGAAAACUCACACACGGCAAGUUAUGUUGCACCGGAGUUAUCUGUGCAGGUGCAAACACAAGUGGAGACUGAUGUGAUCUCUGACAAGAAGCACUCUGAAGACCAAGAUGGAUCAGAGAGGGAUAUAGGGGUUUCUGCAAGAUUCUGAAUUCAACUCUUCCAGUUUUAAAGUUUCUGACAAAGCUUAUGGGCAAUAUUUGGGUUGUCUUUGUCCCACUGACUCAAAUCAAAAGAUGUCAAAGGUAUUUGAAUUGGGAUACUUCAAGAAUGCCUUUUACCUUCUUGCAAAAAAAUGGCCGUGGGAGUAUUACUUCAAUUCAAAACUGGAUUGGCAUCAGACUUUUUUAUUAUACAUGCUAGUGAAAUAAGCAGUUGUAUAAGAAAUUCCAUUAUGGUCUGAUCAUGGGUAAACUAUCCUGGGAUGUCCUGCUGUCAAAUGUCCUCGUAGCUGUACAAGAAAAGUCUUGACAUGUAACGACGUCAGAAAUUGGCUAUGCAUUCAUAAGAAUAACAAAAAUGCACAAAAUCAGAUGAUAAAAUGUAAAUGAAAAAUCCUUACGUUACACGUAGAAAGAAAUAGUCAUCAGAGAGACUUCCUUCCAACGUUGUAUUUAUUUUGACUCUAAUCUCUCUGUUAAUAAAUGGCUUGGGGGUUUCUUGUUGUAUAUAAGAGCAGAUUAUAUCUUUAUUGCACUAAGAAUUUAUUUAGCUAUUAAAAAGGUUUUUUUGUUCCUUUUUAAGGAGUUGUUCCAAAAAUAGGGGGGCGUUUGGAGUUAAGAUAACUCACCCAUUUACUCCACAAUUCAACAUCAGCAGAGCAUCACGGGACUUUAAAACAUCUACUGGUUUAACAACUCAAUGUACGGUAUAUCCAGCUCAUUUAAACAGGGGAAUUUAUCUUUAUCAUAACUAGAACUUUCACUUUUGAUAAGCUUGUCUCAUACCAUCACAUAUUGCUGUCAUGUGUUACGGUUUAAAGAGUAACACGGGUAACAGGCGGCCUUCAGCUGCAUGAAAAAAGUUCUCUUGAAUGCCUCUUUGAUUAUUUUUCAUUAUCAAUCAAAAUAUACUUAUCAGAUAUGUAUUUAAUGAAAACCAAACAAAGUAACAUUCACAAAUACUGUUUUGUCAACAACCUCAGAGGCAUAUGGCUCAGUCAAGUCGUCAGAUACCAGGGUCACACAUUGAACCAUAACACCAGCAGAGACACUUUAAAUGUUUAGUCCUCACUGUAAAUAUAAUUCACAUACGAUUUAAAUCUCGCCAUCAAAAUACUAAAAAGUAAAUUACUAUCAUCAAUGUAAAUUAAAAUUAAAACUUCAAAUAAAUAUCAACUGAUACUACUAGUAAUGUGCCUACGAGUUUUAAACACUCCCUUCACAUGUACACUGCCCAACAAUUAGUGUAAGAUAAAAAAGAAUAACAGGCUUAAAGAUUAUUAGAAAAAAGUCUGUUAGAUAAAUACAGCUAUAUUUUUUCCAAGGGAAAAAAAAGAUCACAUAAAAAGACAACGCAAAGUAUAUAUAGAAUAUAAGUUCAAGUUGUGAUGUUUUAAAAUAAAGAUGUAUAUCCACGAUUUAAGAAACAUUAGUUUGAAGUUGUUAUGAGAUAAACUUUUUUAAAGUUUAUUUAAAAAACAAGAUAUUAAAAGGAUGAUCUAUUAUUUGGCGAAAGUAGAGUGUUGUAAGAGUACACUCAGAGUAGAGGUCAAACACUUGUGAGGCUGCAGUACUUUAAUGUGGUUAUGCAGAACUUGUGUAUGUUUCCUAUCUAAAUUAACUUAAGUACGUCAUAGAUUUUUCCAUGAACUUAUAAUAUUUGCUAGAUAUAUUUAGCCUAUUAGGGAACUGAUAUUUUUAGGAACUUGCCUUUCACACACACACAUCUGGUUCUGCAUGAGGUCUCAGCCUAUAAAAUAAGUUUUCCUUGC